UAGUUUAUUUUAGUUGGCCUAUCCAUUUCUUAAAGACAUCAUCCCUUUUAAACUCUCCAACCUACCCUUCCAAAAAAAUCAAGAACAAUUCCAAAAGAAAAAAGUCUUCAUAUUUUUUGUGAGAAUUGAUAAGCUUCUCAAUUCAUCACCCUCUCUAGUUGAAGCAAAAACAAAAAACACCAAUUCCAAUGGAAGUCUCAUACAAAAUUCUUAGAAGAUCAAUUCAUAGUUUUCUUCAAAACUAUCAAUAUUUCACCACAACAAUAUCAUUUCUAGCUUUUCCAUUCUCAGCUUCAAUACUUGUUUCACAAGCAUUAGUACCUUUUUCUUCAUCUCUCUUCCCUCAAAUAUACAAUCACCUAAAGAAUCUCUUUGAUGCUGCAGGUUUUCCAUCUUCAUCACAAUUGUUUACUAUUCUCAACCUUAAAGUUUCUCAAACAAUCACUUCAUCAAUCUUCACCCUUCCUUUUACUCUCACCUUUUUCCUCAUUACAAAAGCAUUCAUAAUUCAAGCUUUGAAUAAAACCAAAGAAAAUUUGCAACCUUCAUGUUAUAAUUACAAAUCAAUCCUUCACACUUAUGUGUACAAUACUUUCUUUAUUCUCUCUGCGAAUGCAUCAACUUUUUGCUUCCUUUUUCUUGCAUUUAGUUUCUCUGAAGGGCUAGGAAACUCUUCGCCGAGUUUCACCCUUUUUUUGUCAGCUGUAGCCGCGGUUUUUUUCUCUGUGAUCCUCGCGAACGCGCUCGUGAUAUGCAACAUGGCACUUACGCUAACUGGUAUGGAGGGACAUGGGGGUUACAUGGCGAUUUUGAAAGCAUGUGUUGUUCUAAGGGGAAGGACAUCAGUGGCUUUGCUCUUGGCAUUACCUGUUAAUAUAGGUUUGGCCGCCAUUGAAGCCUUGUUUCAAUUUCGGGUCGUAAGAGGUUAUUACAUUGGUGAGAAGUCAUGGUUUUCCAUAGCUUUGGAGGGUAUUUUCAUUGCUUAUUUGUACUCAAUUUUCAUCAUCAUUGACACUAUUGUGAGUUUCAUGUUUUACAAAAACUGCAAAACAAGAGGAUCAUUACUUGAUAAAGAAGACAACCAUUUUUUGAGGAUUGAGAUCAUAGAGGAGGACAAUUAUUAUGGUUACUUGAGAGUCAAGAAUUUUCAAGAACUGCCUUGAGCAAAUAUGAUGACACAUUUUGUUGUUAUUAAAUCAAGGCUUUUUCUAUUCUUAUGUUUCUCAAAAGAGAAAGAGCUACAAGUUAUUUUAGCAGUUAUUUUAAAGAUUCAUUCGUGUUUGUUAAUCGAACCAAACCGAGCAACUUUUGAAGGUGUAAAGGUUUAUAUCUCAGCUAUGUGCAAGAACAAGAAGCUGGAGAUUAGUUCAUCAUCACAUUUUUAAUGUUUUUCUUUUACAUUCUUUAAAUCUGUCUUCUUUUUAUUUCAUCAUUUGUAAAUUGAUCAGUAAUCUUAUAGUGUGAAUAAUACAAAGGAUUCUGCUUA